GUUAUUUAUACAUCGCACUGUUAUCAUGACUUAUUACGCUCAUAAGCAAGCUGCGCUUAAAAAAAUUUUUAUUUUUCUAAGCUUUAAAUGUUUUUUCUUCUACGGUAUUGAGUGUGUGAAUACUGAAAAUGAUUCAAAUACCUGGUCAAUUAAAGUCGGAAAUUAUCAUUUAUUUAAUAUUCCGACAUUUGGAUUUUCUUUUUCAAAUGAUCCCGUUACUCCCACUACUAAUGGAUACAAUUUUUUUGAUGCAAAAUCUAAAGAAUUCGACCUUGAUCCCGAUGUUGUCGAGGAUGCAUUAUUAAGCGCGCCGGAUUUGGUGAAAAAAUACGGUUACCCUUCUGAAGUGCAUUAUGUUCAAACCGAAGAUGGCUACAUAUUGCAAUUGCAUCGCAUUGCUCGUUCAAACUGUAUACCGGUUUUGUUAGUGCAUGGAUUAUUGGAUAGUUCAGCUACAUGGAUUCAAAUGGGACCCGAAAAGGGUUUGGGUUAUUUACUUCAUGACGAGGGCUAUGAUGUAUGGAUGGCAAAUGUGCGCGGAAAUACUUAUUCACGUAAUCAUACGAAAUACAAUACCAAACAGCCAAUAUUCUGGGAAUUCAGCUUUCAUGAAAUGGGCUUAUACGAUAUACCGGCAAUUAUUGAUUAUAUAUUGCAACAAACUAAACGACAACAAUUGCAUUAUAUAGGACAUUCCCAAGGCACUGCCAUCUUUUGGAUAAUGUGUAGCGAACGUCCUGAGUCUAGUGAAAAAGUCCUACUUAUGCAAGCUUUGGCUCCGGUGGCUUAUUUAGAACAUGCUAAGAGUCCUGUAGUCUCAUUUUUAGCAUUCUUUGAAGAACCUUUAGGGAUUCUAUUAAAAUUAAUUGGUGCUCAUGAAUUUUUACCAAGCAAUGAGUUUUUGAAAAUGUUUAAUCAAAUCAUAUGCGAUGAUGAUUCCAUUACUGAAGCGAUAUGUUCAAAUGUUAUGUUCCUCGUGGCCGGCUUCGAUAAGAAUCAAAUGAAUGAGACUAUGUUACCUGUAGCUUUGGGCCAUGCUCCUGCUGGCGCUUCAACCAAACAAAUGCAACACUUUGGACAAUUGAAAAAAAGUGGUUACUUUCGUCAAUACGAUUAUGGCUGGAUACGGAAUCAUUGGCGUUACCAAUCGAGUACACCUCCAAAUUACGAAAUAGAAAAUACCAAAUGUCGAGUGGCUUUACAUUAUGCACUUAAUGAUUGGCUGGCGACACCGCAAGAUGUCGAGCGAUUACAUCAACGUUUACCCAAUGCCUUGGGUAAAUUUAAAGUCAAUUAUCCAAAAUUUAAUCAUUUAGAUUUUGUUUGGGGUAUCAAUGCUCGGGACUUGUUAUAUAAUAAACUUAUUAAAAUCAUGAAAUUGGUAGAGAAAAACUAUUUCUAAUUAACCAAACAAUACAAACUCAUAACUACUAAAUGAGGGGCUAAUUUUGUAUAUAUAUAUAUAUAUGUGUAGUUGUAAUUAUAUAUUUCUAUAUAGCAAACAAAUACUUAUAUUUCAGUUUUCGUUAUAUUUAGUAAUAAUGCUUAGUUCGUAUCGUAGUUAUCAAAUAUGCCAUUAAUUCCCUUUAUAUAGAGCGUAAAUAAUUCUAUUUUGAAUAUGUACAAAAUUAUAGCAUAUUAUUGCCGGAUUUCCAAUAAAUGCUAUUAGUAAACAUUAAUUCAUUCAUAAAUUAUAUAUUUUUAUUAUUUCAUAUAUAUAUAUAUAUAUAUAUAUAUAUAUAUAAACUCUGUUUUCUCACAAACAGUUGUGAUAUACUAUACGCACUUUUCCCAUUUGUAUACGUAUUCUAAAUGGUUUAUCGACACUUAUACCUUUCUAGACUAGUAUUAAAUACAUUUAUUUAAAGACUCUCUUACAACCGAACGUUUAUGUAUGUGCGUUCAUCAACUUUUAUUGAUUUAUAAAAUCAGUUCAAAUAUUUAAAUCAAAUAUACCUCACAUCACAUAAAUCUCUCCUUUUCACUUUAUUGAUUUAUUCAUGUGCAAUGAUUUUAUUGCUGCUGUAGCAUUUAACUCUCUCUUUCU